AUGUCCACCCAUCCUUCUCCAGACCCAUUUCAACCCAUGACUAUGUCGCCAUCUUCUAGUGUGCAACAUUCGCCCCCUGUUGAUCUCAGACGUAUGACGUCCAACUCGACGCUGCUUACUCCCCAGAAAGAUUCAAUUAGGGAACAUAGACUCUCAACUCAUACUUCUCAGCACUUGAAUACAACAAGGAUGGGCUCUCGCUCACCUUCUUCAAUUCCUUCAUCGCCGACAUCUGCUCAUUCAUCGUCAUCCGCAAUUUUUGAGCGUGAUAUUGAGCCCAUGCACCCUCCUUCCCCCCCUUCUCACCCUAAUCCCCAUCGCAUUGCGCGUGCAAAAGGCACUGAACAACUCGAGCACAGUGUACCUUCUGUGCUCGAUAGUGCUGCUUCAAUUCUUGCAGCCUCCUCUCCCAUGGAGGAAGAUCACAUUUCUGUCGUCAGUCCUUCGCGAGAUCGUGAUCGCCUCACUACCAGCGGUUUCGCUAGCCCAAUCGGUAGCUUGAGAAGCAGAAGCCCAAGUCCAUCAGGAAGGACGAGCUUGUUGCUGAGCAUCCCAUCUCAGCAGGGGCCCAUUACUCCCCUUAAUAUUACGCCGGGUGUGGGAGCGGGCAGUCCGCAGCGGUUGAGCAUCCAGACGAGCCCACUCGCUUUCCCCUCAAAACAGGGUACAAGUGGCAAGGCGUCUGCCGCACCUUCUAUCAGCACGCCUGCAUCUGUAUAUUACUCCACGCUCUCAUCAGUUGAACCAUCACCCACGACCACAACUGCGGAGCAUCCUUCCUCUGCACUCCCCCCUAUCGCCAUAUCAACACUCUCGCCUUCAUCAACGUACACAUCUUCACCUUACAUACGUCCCAUCACCAUCUCCCACCCUCCGUCUCCAACGCACGGACCCACUAAGCGUCUCUCGUUCAUGAGUUACGCCGAUCUGCUCGCAUCAACACCGGCAUCAAUGGUUCCGUUGUCAUCAUUCACUACCUGCGCAACUCCUGAACCGCCACCUCAUAUUCCUGGUGUGGAAGGUUACGCCCUCAACCAACAUGAUGCUGCGAGUCUUAGUGGUCGUGAGCGUGACAGCAUCGCCAUGCUCGAUGAUAUCGGUGGUGAAUGGCAGCGCGAGGGUCUUGGACGAGGCCUCGAAGAGAGAUUAGAGGCCUUGAUGAUCGUCCCUAGUAAAGCAUAA